CAAGAAAGAAGCAAGAGCAAUACCAAAGUAAGUGAGAGUGUUCCAAAGAGAGAGCUCUAGGUGAAAGAAAAAAAAGAGGAAUUAGUUUACUCUGUUACGCCAUUUUUUCCUAACAAUUGGUAUUAGAACUAGGAGCUGCUAAUAUUUACGUAAACAAUGGAGGUGAAUCAGAGCAAAAUGAUUACACUAAAUAGUACAAACUAUCAACUAUGGAAGGCAAAAUGGAAGACCUUCUUUAUGUGAAGGAAUUUCAUGAGCUUGUCUUUUUAGAGCGAAAGCUAGAUAGCAUGAAGAAUGAAGAAUGGAGAUUGCUCCAUAGGCGAGUGUGCAGAUUUAUUCGGUGGUAGAUUGAUGAUAGUGUGCUAAAACAUAUCAAUGAUGAAACUAAUGCACGCACACUAUGGACAAAGCUAGAAUAGCUUUUCUGGGCGAAGACUGGGCAGAAUAAAUUGUGCUAUAUAAAGCAAUUAAUGUACUCAAGGUACAAAGAUGGCACUCUCACAGUAGACCAUGUUAAUGAUUUUCUUGGCAUCAUCAAGGAGCUAGCAAAUUUGGGUAUAGAAUUUGAUGAUGAGGUGAAUGGUUUGAUUCUUCUCAAUACCUUGCCGGAAUCAUGGGAGAGUUUUAGAUCAACAACAAUCAAUUCAUCUCUCGAUGAUACUCAAGCUCCUGUCACAGAGAACAGAGGUAGGAGCAAAACUAGAGAACCCAGAGGACAAGGAGGCAGAUCCAGAUCAAAGUCCAAAAGUAGAGUAAAGUGCGAUCAUUGUGGCCAGCCAGGUCACAUGAAAAGGAAUUGCAACUUGCUAAAAGGAAAAAACAAGAAAGAAGUUGAUGAUAGCAAUACUAUCGCUAUAGCAUCGACCAGUGGCGAUGAUGUCACUCUAGUUUGUGAUCGUGGAGAGUGUUGCCAAGUAGAAAACUCAGAUGCUGAGUGGAUAAUUGAUUCUGCACUAGAUGAAGAAGGAUACGCACACUACUUCGGGAAUGGCAAUUGGAAACUUAUCAAAGGAUCAAUGGUGGUGGCAAAAGGGAGAGCAUGCUGCUCAUUAUACAAGACACACAUGAAAAUGUGUGGAGGUCAACUAAACAUAGUUGAAGAUGAUGCUUCUCCAAAUUUAUGGCAUAAAAGAUUAACUCGCAUGAGCGAGAAAGGAUCGCAACUUUUGGCUAAGGAGUCUUUUAUUCCCAUUGCCAAAGAUAAUAGAGGGGAAUACACCUCUAAAGAAUUCAAAGACUACUAUUCCAAGCAUGGCAUAAGGCAUGAGAAGAUAGUUCCUGACACUCCACAACACAAUGGCGUUGCAAAACGGAUGAAUCAUACCAUUGUGGAAAAAAUUAUAAGUGGAGAAGAGGUGCAAGUAUCGAAAGAUGAGACAGAGGAGCCAACAAUUGAAGAAGAUGAAGUAAGUGUAAAUAGAGGAAGUAAUAAACAGGGGGAGCAACCCCUACCACAGGAGGAAGGACCUCAAUUGAGAAGGUCCACCAGAAAGCACAAAUCAUCUGCAAGAUACAUCAGUUCUGAUUAUAUCUUGAUCACCAAAGAAGGGGAGCCAAAGAACUUCCAGGAGGUCCAAUCUUACAAAGACAAAAAUGGUUGGAUGAAAGCCAUGCAAGAAGAAAUGAACUCCCUACAUAAGAACAAUACUUAUGAGCUUGUGACACUUCCCAAAGGAAGAAAACCCCUGAAGAACAAGUGGGUCUUCAAGCUUAAGAAAGAUGGUGACAAAAUAGUUAGAUAUAAGGCUCGGCUAGUGGUAAAGGGCUUCAGUAAAAAAAAGGGGAUAGAUUUUGAUGAAAUUUUUCCCCAAUGGUGAAGAUGAGCUUGAUUCAAGUUGUUCUCGGCCUAGUAGGAAGCAGGAAUCUUGAGCUAGAGUAGUUAGAUGUGAAAAUUGCAUUUCUCCAUGGUAAAAUCUAUCUUACAAAAGCAUGAUUUAUUUCUAAAAUCUAUAUCAAUCUCGAAAUGGCUAGCUUUCUAACUCGUCACUUCUCGUGGUUUCCCCGUCCUCGGUUUCGCUUCCUGAAAUGGUGGACAAGGAAAAACUAUGAGAUAACUCAGUAAGUAAAAUAUGGAUUGCCCUUAAUUAAACGUAUAGCAUGCC